GUCGGCGAGCAGUCGGUGCUGGCGCAGCCUCCGUGGAAAGUAGUUAGCGCUGCAAGAGCCCGAAGAUGGGUAUGUAAAAAGGGGAAGACCAUAUAACCACCCCCUCCCGCAGUCUCUUAUUCCCCACCUUUUAAGAAAGGCUGACAGAUUCACCACUUUCGAGCGUGAUCGCUCUCUGCGCAACCCCAGCGGGAGGAACAGGAGGUCAGGCCUGGAAUUGAACGCUGCAGUCGCCGAGGAAGCCGGAACGUUCUAAAUCAGAACGCUCGCCGACCCUCCCGCGUUCUAAAUCAGAACGUUCGGCCGCCCGGAUCCUCGCUCGCGCCCCCGGCCCCUUUGGAAUUCCGGCAGCGAGUGAGCCCUCCCUCCCGUGACAGCAGCGGCUGGAGAACUUUUCCUACGUCCUUUAAAGGAACUGCCUUCUUAGGGUUUAAUUGGAAUAAGUCUCAAGAGUUGCGGGAGGGGGGGGAUUGCAUAACUUUCCGUCGGGGCCUGACUUGGACGGGUUUCCUCUGCUUUCAGAGACCCCUUAAAAUAAAGAUCAAGAUCCGGGCCCAACAGCACCUUAAAGACCAACUAGAUAAAGAUAACUUGGGGGUGAGGAAGAGGCGGACGUCGUGGGUUUGCUGGUGGGGGCCUUUGGAAAAGUGGCCUGAAGAGUUGUUGGUUGUUGCUGACUGCCUUGUCUCUCGAUUGGGGGCUGCCUGGUAUCUUUUGGCCCUCCUGUCGAGUUGCGGGAGGACGAGCGGGAGAGAGGUUAGCACUUGGCAAGGCGUUUGAAGGUGAGAUCCUGACCCUCCUGCUUUGAUUCUCUGCCGGACUUCUUGCAAGGAAGUCCUGCCAGCGCGAGGUGGGAAAAUGAACCCUGCUCCCGUCCCUCCCCCGCCGGGACAGCAGGUGAUCCAUGUUACCCAAGACCUGGACACAGACCUUGAGGCUCUCUUUAACUCGGUGAUGAACCCGAAGCCUAGCUCGUGGAGGAAGAAGAUCCUGCCCGAAUCCUUUUUUAAGGAGCCGGACUCGGGCUCUCACUCCAGGCAGUCCAGCACCGACUCGGGCAGCCACCCGCCCCGGCUGAGCAGCGCCGCGGUCGGCGUCCACCACGUCCGCUCGCACUCCUCGCCCGCCUCUCUGCAGUUAGGCGCUGGGGCUGGAGCCACCCCCAACUCGGCUCAGCAGCACGCUCACCUCCGCCAGCAGUCCUACGACGUGACCGAUGAGUUGCCUCUGCCUCCUGGCUGGGAGAUGGCGCUCACGCACACGGGCCAGAGAUACUUCCUCAACCAUAUAGAAAAAAUUACAACAUGGCAAGAUCCUCGAAAGACUAUGACCCAGCCAUUGAAUCACAUGAGCCAUCACCCUCCAACCACUUCCGCCCCAGUAUCCCAGCGAUCAAUGGCACUGUCACAACCCAACCUUGUAAUGAAUCACCAGCACCCACCGCAAAUGACGCCAACUACAACCAUGUCUCAACAGAGCCACCCUGCCCCAAACCCCCAGGCUGGCUUGUUGAACAUGCCGAAUGCACUGACUUCUCAGCAACAGCAGCAACAGAAAUUGAGGCUUCAGCGGAUCCAGAUGGAAAGGGAGAGGAUUCGCAUGCGCCAGGAAGAACUAAUGCGACAGGAAGCUGAUUUGUACAGACAACUUCCCAUGGAGUCUGAGAACAUGGCCCCUGUUCAGACUGCUGUGAGCCCGCCUAACAUGACCCAAGAUAUGAGAUCUAUUACAAAUAAUGGAUCGGAUCCUUUCCUGAACAGUGGGCCAUACCAUUCCAGGGAGCAGAGCACAGACAGUGGCCUAGGCUUAGGAUGCUACAGCAUACCAACUACACCUGAAGACUUCCUCAGCAAUGUAGAUGAGAUGGAUACAGGCGAUAAUGUAGCACAGACCCCCAUGAAUAUCAACCCACAGCAGACCCGUUUCCCUGAUUUCCUUGACUGUCUUCCAGGAACAAAUGUUGAUCUCGGGACGUUGGAAUCUGAAGAUCUGAUCCCUAUCCUCAAUGACGUGGAAUCAGUCCUCAACAAAAACGAGCCCUUUCUCACUUGGCUGUAAUUGAUACUUAGUGCUCCAUUCAAUUGUUGAAAUCCAAGAUGUCUUUUUCCCCUCUAGAAAUAAAUGCAGAGCAGCCUCAAGUUCCCAUCUAGCCAACGGUGCCUUACUGACUUCCGACAGACCCUUUCAUGUCAGUGAAUCUUUGUUUAGGUUUCAUUGGCAAUAACUUAAGUAUGAAAUAUAUGCAAAUAUAUAUCUAUUUUUAAGGAGUAGGACUAUGUAUAUGCAUCUAUAUCCUAUCCUUUUUAGUAAACUAGAAAUGUUCUGGAGACAUGGGAAGGUUUUUUUGCCUGUGUCAGAACUCACAGUCGUUAGUUACACAGCCGGAUUUUAAUGAACCAAAAACAGAGUUGACUUCAAGAAGCUUUAGGCUGCAGAAGGCAGCUUGGUUCCAAAAACCUUAUAUGUAAUAAAGUCAUAUGCAGUUCAACAGCUGUGUUUAUGACAAUUGUACCAAAUGUUUUUUUAAUCUAUGUAACUUGAGCUUUAAAAAUCACUGUAUUUUUUCAGUAUACUUGUGCUGUAUGGAAUACAGAUUUUUUAAAAAUUUCAGAUCAGCCACUGUAUUCUACAUGCCAAGGUACAAACAAUACUAUUUUGCAUUUGUUUAAUAUCUCUCUCUAUGGCAUUUAAGUAGUAAAUAUUCCCAAUCUGGUGAAAUCUUUUAGUUAUACUUUUUAUACUACUACCCUAUUGUAAAAGAGACCAGAUUGAAUACUAACAGUUGCCAUUUUUUAAAUAUAUAUAUAAAACUUCAAAUGUGAUUACAAACAGGUGUUUUUUAAAAAGUAUGCUUUAGAUGUAUCUUUAAUAUACACUACAAUGGAACAUAUCAACACUAUUUUUAAAACUUUGUUGCAACUUUUAGCUGUGUCAAAUAAAAAUGAGGCUAGACAGCAAAAUUAUAUGUUACGAAUUCAUCACACAGCUUGACAUUACUGAUUGCAGUAAAGUUUCAUUUUGCAAAGCCUUAUUUAACCUUUAAAAAAAUUGUGUAUUUUGUUGCUGGAACCUAAAACACUAGAAAGAAAGUUUUAUUUUACCAUGUAGGUAAUAAGACAGCCUACUGGUGAUGCCAGUCAACCUGGCAGAGAUGCUAAAGGAUAUUAACCAGUUGCUUGUUACCUUUGACAUAUGGGCACAAGGCACUAUAUUUGUUGUAGUUCUAUCUUAUACCUAUUAUAUUCAUCUAAUGCAUUUUUUAAACAGCUGAUUUUUGGGACUGAGAAUGCAUCAAAAACAUCAAAUCCCCAGUAUCCCUCGAAUGCAAAUGACGUCCUGAGAUUCUUAAGUAUUUAUAGUUGAAUGAAUUUAAACUUUUUUAUAUUAAAAAUACAUCUCUUUAUGGAAGGCAUUGCAGUUAACACAGGCCUUCAGUAUAUGUUUUGCAAGACAAGCAAGAGACAUAGUACUUGGCUGUGCAUUGGGUUAAAUAGUAAGGCAUGAUGAUUACUAUACCAGAAUUACUGAACAGUGGAGGCUGUUUUUCCCACUUCUUUGUUGAUGAAAAAGGCAGGUGAAUUGGAUGGGAGGUUGAAGUGGCUGAAAUGUAUCCUUGAGAGGAAAAUGGUUGUGGCAAAAAUACUGAGAGUAAUGCUGGAGUGCCUGAGAAAGACAGAUCAGGGGAGACAGAUCAACACAGAGAUGAACCACCACUGAUCAAUGAUAUACCUGUGAAUACUACCUUAGGGGGAGACUUGUGGCUCGAAGGUAGUUGUACUGAGCUGACAGCACCAGAUUUCUUUUUAGCUUUUUAAAAUGCAGGCGAUCAAAGAUCAAAAGCUAUGAAGUUCAAUAUUGAUUCCGAUUUUUAAAUACUGGGGUGCGGGGAGGGAGCUGAGUUGAAAGGUAUGUAGUUAUGGAUUCAGAAGUAUUGUUUUCUUUUUGUUCUGAGCAGAUUAUUGCAUCUGCAUUGAACAUUUUCAGUCGAUGGGCAUUUUUCCUUUUUUUCCAAAGGUCUUCCCCCCCCCCCCUCCUUUGCAUAUAGAGUUAAUUAUUGAGACAGCAGAAAACGUGACUUCCUGCAGAAACAAGAGGCUUUGAGAACCCAAACAAUCUUACUGCAUUUUCAUUAUUUACACUUAUUAGCCUUAAAAUUUUUAAAAAAUCAGGAAGUCCAAAGAUAUAUAUUCUUUUAGUUAUGCAAAAAGUUGAGGUUUUAUUAUUGAGGGGGAAGGUUGCUUUAAAUGUUCAGAAAGCAAGAAGUUUUUAAGGGCCAGAUCCAAACUUCAUGUUUAGUCAAGGGUUUUGUGGCCCCAUACAUUGUGUAGAAACUGCCCCGUGAUUCUCCGAUUCUGCCAACAACAAUGCUUGGAAUUUUAGAUAUAGGGGUUGAUGAGUAAGUUAGUGGCAUUUGAAAAGGAGCAGGCUUAGCUUAUGAAUGGAAUAAACCAAUAGCAGGCUUUAAGGUAAGAUGUCAAGGGAAGAUCAAAACCAAUAUUUGAAAAGCCAGUUCUAAUAUUUUUGGAGCAAUCCCAGGCAUGUCUGCUUGGAGGUAUUCAGUGGAGCUUAUUCCCACCAAAGCAUCCUUAGGAUUGUAGACUUUAUUGCCCAUAGGAGGAGGGGGAAGGGUUUCAGAUGUAAAUUGUUUCAGGUGAGUAGCCCUGUUGGUCUGCAGUAGCAGACAAGAUUCAAGUCCAGUUGCGCCUUAGAGACCAAUUAGAUUUCUAGUGUAUGAGCUUUCGAGAGUUAAAGCUCCCUACAUCAGAUACACCUGAAGUUGACAGGCCUUGACAAAAGGACACACCUGUGAGAGAUGCUGUGGAACUGAGCCCAGGCAUCAUCCUAACAUUCAGUAUAAAUCAGACAUUCUUCUAUGUAACAGGAAAGUUAGCUUAGAGAAGGCAGUGGGGGUAAAGAGCCAUGCCAGACAACUAGGGCGAAACUACACUGUAUAUGGGCAACAGAGUCUUGCCUUGAACCACAGAGCCCUCCUACAGAGUACCUGUUUCUAGAGUAUGACCAUUCAUAUUCAUUUCAGUGCUAGGGACAUCGUCACUAUGCAAGCAUCCUUUUGUUCUAUCUCCUCCAUAAAAGUCAAUGGAGGAAUUCACUGUUGAACCUUUCUAGAGUUUUGAACCAGGGGUCUAUGUGGGCAACAGAUGAACGUGAAAAACUGGAAGAACAAGAUGAGGGGAUUGGUUUGCUAGCAGUACCAUUCCUUCCCCUCUCUCCUCCCCUCCUUAACCUGGAGGAGAGCGAAACCCACAAAAGUUAAGGUUGGACCUGGCCUUAAGUGAAUCAAAUAGCAUUUUGGUUAAGAAGGCAAGCUUGCUUCAACAGGGAGGAUCUCCGUAGGGAGUGGGCAGAGUAUGGUAAUCAUGGGGAAUGGUUAUGGGUGUGUGGUAGGGUACCUGCUUUGCGCUGAGUGGGUCUCGAGUUCAGUUCCUGACUUCUCUGGUUAGAGGAUCUCUAUAGCAGCUGUGGGUAGUAUAAGGCCCUUCUUUGCCCGAGUAUGUGGAGAGCUGCUGUCAGAGUAGACAAUCCUAAGCUAGAUGGGUCCAUGGUCUGCCUCAGUAUAAGAUACUUUCUUGUGUCCAUUGCUGAGAUUAAAAGGAUGGCUUUGCCGGUUUCCUAUGACUAUAAUGAAAAAUGAAAUGUGGCAGAGUUAGGAAGGGAGAGCACAUAUAUGACAGGCCACCUGUUGUAAAGCAGCUGCUAAAUCCCUCUUUAAUGAACCAAACCAUUCACAAAGAUAAGGUAUUAUUUUGUCAUUGUUUUGUUCUGAUAUUCACAGAAAUUGGGGGAGGAUUUUUGUUCUGUUAGUGAAGUUCUCUCUUCAAGUUUUUUUUUAAACUUUUGAAUAGAUAUGCAAUGGAAACACAAAUAUUAGAUUCUCGCAGAAUCUAAUACUAAUUUUUGACAAAAUUUCUAUUAUUUUGGGGUUGUGAAACUGAUUUUAUUUUGUUUUUUACACUACACAAGGGAAAUAACGUUAGUGGGUGCAGUAGAACAGAUAUGCUGAAUGGGCAGCAUACAAAGAAAUGCUGAUUUAUGUGCAAGUUGUGGGUAUUAAAAACUGCUUGUAAUCUGGGGGUGCUAUUAGAACGGUUACUUUCAAACUGGAUCCAGGGGGAUUUGGGGGUUCCUCAGAAGUUUAGCAAAGGUUGAUCAGUAAUGGUGGCUUGCCCACCACUGUGCCCCCUCCCCUCCUCUACAGAAGAGUGUUUUGGGUGUUUCAAAGGGUGCACAUACCAAGCAGGGGGGCAGUGAGGUCCAACAGUCCUGACCAGUGGCCUUCCUUAACUGGGUGUGCUCCUUAGAAUAUACCCUAGAAUCCUUUACAACACAUGGGGGUUUUGUGGCAGAUGACUAUCUGGAAUCUUUCCCCUGAAGGAUAAAAAGUUUGAAACUACUGUAUUAGAAAGUAACAAUUAGAAAAAAUGACUUCAUAAAAAGAAAUGCUGUGGAUUUUUUUAAGAGUUGGAGGAAUGAAAUAUAUCUAUUUCAUGACAGAAAUGUGAGAUGAAACAAAAGGAUUUUUUGUUUUCCUAAUAUACUGCAUCCAUGUUAUGUGCUAAUACUUUAAUACUUUUUUAUUUACAUCAGUUUGUUAUGCUAUAUGCUACCUUGUGUGAGCAUUUGUUUUUAAUGUAGAAAAAAGGCAUACGUACAGUGUGCUUCAAAUUCAAUCAGAUCAAACUGUUGUACUCAGAGUUUGGUUCUGUGUUUUUUUUAUUCCUUUAAUAUUGUACCAGGAAAAAAAUAAAUAGAAAUGGAUUUAU